CAUGUUUUGUUAUGAUUAAUAGCAUCAAAUAUAUUUUAUCUUAGUGGUUGAACACUUGAAAUGAUGAUAGGUUUAAGAUUUUAGUGAAAAAGAUGAAAUUAAAUAUUUUUAGGUAUCAAAGAUGAAUUUGUUUAGUAAACAGUUACCGAACUUGCAAUUUACGCCUUCUUUCUGCUACUUCUUUCCUUCUUUCCUUCUUUCCCUGUUCCUCUUCUUCUGAAUCUCCCUUCUCCUCUCCUCUACUUCUCUUUCUGUUCUACAAUUAAGACCUUGAUCCCAAUUCCUUUCUCUGUAAACUCGCCGGAAAGAUCCAGAUCGGACACGACCGUUGCAUUAUCCCCACCGCCGCCAAAAGAUGAUCUCCAGCUUAGUCGCCAAUCUCAGCGCAAUCGCCGCCAAGUACCAACACAAGCGACUCCUGCAAACCCUAACCCAUCAACAACAGCAAAACCCUCCAGCUCCCCCGUCGAACGCAUUUGGGAUCACUUCCCGUCCGUCGUCGCAUUUGCCCGCCGGAAGCAACCCGUCUUUUGUCAACGGCGUAGCCACCAAGGAUCUCCACAUCGACCCACUGUCGUCACUCUCCAUCCGAAUCUUCCUUCCAGACACCGCCGUCUCCUCCGAGUCCGGGAUCUGCCCGCGGUACAGUGGGUACUUGCCUCCUCCCGGGAAGCAGUGGCUGCGGCUGAGGAAGCUCCCAGUGGUGUUGCAGUUUCAUGGCGGCGGAUUUGUGAGCGGGAGCAACGAGUCAGUGGAAAAUGAUCUGUUCUGCCGGCGGGUGGCUAAGGCUUGGGAUUCAUUGGUCAUCGCCGUGGGCUACAGAUUGGCGCCCGAGAGCAAGUACCCUGCGGCGUUUGAGGAUGGAGUGAAGGUUUUGAAUUGGUUGGUAAAGCAGUCCAAUUUGGGAGUUUAUGGCCGAUUAGGGAUUAAGAGUGGCAAUUACGAUAGUUUUGGCGUUUCCAUGGUUGAGCCUUGGUUAGCUGCUCAUGGCGAUCCUUCAAGGUGUGUGCUCCUUGGGGCAAGUUCAGGAGCAAAUGUAGCAAACUAUGUUGCCGAGAAGGCGGUGGGGGAAGGGAAUCUGCUGAAUCCUGUGAAGAUAGUGGCACAAGUUCUGAUGUACCCUUUUUUCAUGGGAACCACACCACCUAAUAGUGAAGCUAACUACACAACCUCGUACUUUUACGACAAGUCGAUGUGUAAGAUGGCAUGGAAGCUGUUCCUUCCAGAGGUGGGAGAGUUCGACAACCUGGAUCAUCAUCCAGCUGCCAAUCCUCUGGUUCCUGGAAAACAUUCGCCUCUAAAGCACAUGCCACCAACAUUGACAAUUAUUGCAGAGCAUGAUUUGAUGAGGGAGAGGGCAAUUGCUUACUCGGAGGAGCUACGGAGGGUCAAUGUGGAUGCACCGUUGCUAGAGUAUAAGAACGUCAGUCAUGAAUUUGCCACCCUUGGCGUGCUUCUCAAAACGCCACAGGCACAAGCUUGCUUGGAGGAUAUCGGGAUAUGGGUCAAGAAGUACAUAUCGGUUCGUGGCAACGAGCUUUCUUAUUGAGAAACAUCACGAGAGCUGAGCGGGGAGGUGCAUAUCAUGAAGAAAAGAAAGUGAGAAUUAGCUAACAGAGGAUCAUUGAUUUGCUUGUGCCACAAGGUGGAAAGAGGAAAGAAUUUUCAGCCGAUCAAUUUAGGUUUGAUUGGAUAAGGGGGAAGAGCUAGAUUCCCCUUUGUUAUCCCAUCUGCUUGUAAUGUAUAGGUUGGAGAAAGUUUUAUCCUUUGUUUUCCCUUGUACAGUAAACAGGCUGCUUUCUUCAAACUCCUUGAAUUCUGAGAUGGACGGUUUUGCUAAAUUGUUGUGUGCAUUGUUGUUAUUAUAUUAUUUGGGGAGACCCAAUUGACUAGUGUUCUUUUCACCUUGUUAUGAUGUGGAUGUUCUGUCUUUUUAUAGACCAAACAAAGUUCAGCAAUUUCU